AUGGGUUCUAAGACCACAAUGUCGACCAAGAUGACUUCAGAUGUCUGCACUGAUGUGUUGACCUUCACCUUCGGCGGACCAAAGCCCUAUAAUCUCAAUCAGCCAUUGUUUAUCGAGGCCGAGGAUCCUUCUCGAUCCUUUACAGCUGCCCAGUUUCGUCAACUCGUCCGGACUUUGAUCGCUGGCUUAAAAGCUCACAAUAUCAAACCCGGGGACUGUGUCUUGGUACAUUUGGGCAAUAGUAUCCUCUAUCCCGCACUCUUCUUCGCUAUUAUCGGCGCCGGCGGUGUCUACAUGGGCUCAAACCCGCGCAGUCAACCCAAAGAGAUCGAUCACAUCCUCAGUCUCGCCGAGCCAAAACUGAUUUUCACAACACGCGACGCACUCCCUUCUAUCUUGGAGGUCUCCGCACCCCGAGGCAUCCACCCAGCCCAAGUGUGUGUCGUCGAUGACCGGGCCAUCGACCACUGUGCGCAGCUGUUCCUGUGGUACGAACUAGGGUAUUCGGCCGCGGGCCAAUUCUCCGCAAUGAGCGAUACCCGACACUCCAAUUUCGCCAAUCUCCUCUGCUAUGGCGAAAGCGACUGGCUGAUGUUCAACGACGCGGCCGUCGCACGAAACACGCCUGCAGCCAUGUUCUCGACCAGUGGCACAGGUGGUCUUCCCAAGGCAGCUAUUCUGUCUCACCAUGCCAUAAUCUCACAGCACCGCGCCAUCUACUACGAUGUGCCGCAUCCAGUGAGCAGACUCAUGUCGCUACCCAUGUUCCAUUUGUUCGGGGCCUUGUGGACUCAUCUCUUCCCUGUUCGGUACGGACACCCACUAUUCGUCCUGCCCCGGUUCGAGGUCAAUGAGUUCCUCGCUACGGUACACAAGUAUCAAAUCUCCGAGACAUACCUGGUGCCUGCGAUUAUUCACUCGCUCAACCAAUCGAUCCUGCCGGUAACGGACUAUUUGUCCUCGCUGCGCUACGUCGGUGUCGCUGGUGCUCCUAUCGAUGCGGCUUCCAUGCAGCUCUUCCGCAGCCGUCUCAGCCCCAUGGCCUACGCAUGCCAGAUCUGGGGUAUGACAGAGGUCGGUGUCAUCUUCCAGACUCGGUACGGUCAGUCCGGUGAUGCGGGCAGUAUUGGCACCCGCCUUGCCGGAUACGAGGCCCGUCUGAUCGAUCAAGACGGCAGGACAGUCCAAGGCGACGAGCGACCUGGUGAACUGCAUGUGCGCGGUGCCGGGCUGCUAACCGCCUACAAGGGCCAGACCGAUGCCCUAGAUCCCCAUGGCUGGUUCCGCACGGGAGAUGUGGCGUACGUCAAGCAAGGCCAGUACUACAUCAUUGGGCGAAACAAGGAACUAAUCAAGGUCCGAGGUUGGCAAGUGGCGCCGGCAGAAAUCGAGGCUGUUUUACUGCAGCAUCCCGGAAUUGCAGAUGCAGCCGUGAUAGGCAUCAACAAAGACGGGAUGGGCGAGGUGCCCCGCGCAUUCGUGGUGCGAUCCCGCGACCCGGCGGUGAGCCGCCUAACCGGUGAACAGGUGUACAAGUACGGACGCGAGCAUCUGGCCCGAUACAAGUCCCUGGAUGGGGGCGUCAUCUUCGUGGAAGAGAUUCCCCGUACGGCAAGUGGCAAGAUCCAGCGGUUCAAGUUGUCUCAGAUGAACUCUUACCGCGAGAUGGUUGCAUCUCUGCUGUCGCAGUUUGAUGGCGAAGGCGCCUCUGAUCGACGAUCACCGAUGGGAGCAGAGAUGGACAUGGCGAUUGGUGUGGCGCCCGAGGGACGAGUCACUGUUUGA